UACAGGAUCUAUUCCUUUUGAUUUUCUUCUCCUCUUUCACUCAACUCACACACUCUUCCCCCGUCUCUCUCCACCCCCAUGAAUCAAUUGGUUUUAGGGGCUAGAAGGGGAAACUAAAGAGCAAGACCCCUAAAAUCAUUAAAUCGGGUCCCGUGUUUUUGACCUACUCUUCCCGCUUUCUUCUUUCCUUCCCCCAUCACUCAUUUCUACUCUGUCUUCUUCGCGCUCCCCACGCGUCUCUAUUUCCUGCCCUUGAUAGCUCUCUCUCUUCUCUCUUUCUCUCUCUCUCCUGAGAUUAAUUUGAUCUUUAGAUUUUCAAAAGCAUACCACCCCCCCUACCCCUUUUCGACAGAAGUAGAGCAGGGCUCACUCGGUCAUUACCUCCCCAUUCCAUCAUAAUGUCCUCUCCGUCGUCGGCAGGAAAGCGCAAGCGCAGUGCUUCCCAACACCUUCCGUCCAAUGUAAUCUCCGCUGACCUUCUGCAACCUUCAUCACGCGAUGCGUCGGGUGAAGAUGGCGAUGAUUCCACCGGCCCGAAUACUCCCCUGUCGGUCAAGUACAAGAAGCAGGCGCCAAUUGAUGUAACUUCAGCGGGCAAUAUCCCGCCAUCAAAACGGGCUCGGAAGAGCUCAACGGCUGGCGAGCAAACCAAUGGUCCUGCCACCGAUGAACCUUCGGCACUCAGCAAAGAAGAUCCGGGCGAGCCGUCAGAAACGACGGUUGCCAGCAGCGAUAUCGAAAGCCGAAGCAAGGGCCGGUCGGGAUUACAGAUCAAAACGGCAGAUGUUGAGGAUACCGAGGACAUGAUGCAGCCACCUCAGCAGGCCGGGUUGCAGGAUCCGGUUGGAUACCAUACCAAUCCCCCGCCCGUGGGGCGCCCAGUACGCGUGUAUGCGGAUGGUGUCUUCGAUUUGUUUCACGUGGGCCACAUGCGUCAGCUUGAGCAGGCGAAGAAGGCCUUCCCGGAUGUGCAUCUGAUGGUCGGUGUGACUGGAGACGAGGAGACUCACAACCGGAAGGGUCUUACUGUCCUGAGUGGCGCGGAGCGCGCAGAGAGCGUUCGUCACUGUAAAUGGGUGGACGAAGUGAUUCCUAACUGCCCUUGGCUGUUGACUCCGGAGUUUCUUGACGAGCACCAAAUCGACUACGUUGCGCAUGAUGACUUGCCCUAUGGUGCGGCCGAAGGGGAUGAUAUCUACGCUCCGAUUAAGUCCCAGGGCAAGUUCUUGGUUACUCAGAGGACGGAAGGUGUUAGCACCACCGGAAUCAUCACCAGAAUUGUCCGCGACUACGACCAGUACAUUUCCCGCCAGUUCAAGCGUGGUGCCUCGAGACAGGAGCUGAACGUGUCAUGGCUGAAAAAGAACGAACUGGAAAUCAAGCGACACGUUGCGGAGAUUCGGGAUAAUAUCCGGCACAACUGGACAAGCACGGGCCAGGAGCUGGGCCGAGAAUUACGGCAGCUCUGGCAGAAUAGCCGGCCUGGCAGCCCGGCACCGAGCGCGAGGAACAGUAUAGACAUGGGCAGUACACGGGGAAACGUGGUCAGCCCUACUACUGGCACCAUGAAAACCCAUCUGUCCCGGGUGGAAUCAGUGGGUCGAUCUGACAGUCCCAUUGGAAACGGACGGAAUGAAGACUUUGCAACCGGGUACAGCUUGGGAUUGAUUGGCGGUGUAAGAGCCUGGAUGCGCAGCCGUCGGUCACUCUUGGAAAGCCGCGCCCCUUCCCCGACAAGUGAGGAGGAGCAUGAGUCCGAGCAGGAACGCAGCAACGGCCACAUUGAACCAUCGAAAGCGUCCUCCAAUGCCGUGACAAAUUAGAGCAGAGGGUCAUGCAUGGUUCAGCCUUAGCAAGUUGUGAUCGUCUUCUCUUUCAAACGGCCGCUUAUUAUGUCUCGCCGAGCACAUGCAAGUUCGGUCAGGGAAAGAAAGAAAGAAGAAGAAAAAUGACGGGUUGGCAUUUAUCUCAUGGCGACUUGGAAAGGAAAAGAAAGAAAUCGGUAAAAAAAAAAAUAAAAAGAAAAGAAAAGAAAACAUCAAUAUCUCCUCUUUCUUUUUUCCUUCCACAGAGUUCCAUGACCAUUAUCAUAUGAUCUUAUAUCAGAUGGGUUGAUACGAGAUAAUGUUUCCUUAUUGAUACUUGCGACUUCUUUUCUACUUUUUUAACCUUCUGGUUGAUAUUACCGUUGUUGUUGUUGUUGUUGUUGU